UCGUUUAAACGUGUGUUCAGUGGCAAAUGCUUUUAUAUGUGUGUGCCUGUGGCUGUGUAAGUGUGUGUGUGUGUGCGUGAGCUAAACGCAAAAAGUGUAAAACGGAUGAAAUAGUUAAGCAAUUAGGCUAAAUUGCAACUGCAAACGUCGAGUGAACACCAAAUAUAUGAAUUCCGUUGUAUAAAGUGCAAAAUAAAGCUAUAUUAGGGGUGAGAAAGAGCAGCAAGCGAGAGCAGUGCAAGAGAAGAGAUUGACUUUCUCCGGCGCAUAGUGAUAGUAUUAUGGAUAAAGGAUGUGCAAUUGUUAGCAUCAAUUGUGAGAGUGCCGAGGAGUUUAGCAGUACGAGCAGCACUGCAAGCACUGGAAGCGAGACGAAGCCGCAAACACCUCAAUCUCAACCUCAACAUCAACUAGCAAUUCAAACACAAAGUCAGCCAAAGCCAAGCACUAGCCAGGUGGGAAGCAGCGGAGCAGGCGGCACAGUACCGAGCUUAAGGGUUAAACAAUUGGGUUCUAUGUCCAAAUUGAGGGAAGACGUGGAGGACUGUGUCACUUCAAAUUCGCAACAUGGCUUCGCCGUAGUGCUCGAUGAUGAUGAUGAUGAUGAUGACGAUGUGUCCUCCAGUAACGAUGAGACGGGCGUGCUGGAAACAUACGAGAUCAGCUCUUCCAACUCCUUGCCAGCCAGCACCGGUGCAGCGGCCAGCUCCAGUGAUGUGGGCGAUGAUGUUGUUGUACCCGUCGACGAUAGCUCCUCCUCCGAUACGUUAAAUGGGCGUGGUCGUGGCCGUGCCCGCAGUGCCGCCUCCGAGGAUCAUGUUUUCUAUAACGAUGAUGAUAAUGAUAUUGUGGACGAUGAGCCACCCGUUGUUUGCCUUAUUAACGAUGACGAUGAUUUCGAUGAGGAGGAGGAAAUUGUUGAUGAGGACGAUGACGAUGUGGAUGAUGUUGACGGUGGACAAUCAAUGCCACUGGACUGCCCCAAUACAUCACAAUUGAAUGGCGGUGGAGGCGAUGGCAUCAUUAUGACGGCAGACGGCUCCAAAAUAUUCCUGGAGACGCCCGUUGUGGAGGAGCCCCUCUCACAUACCCAUGUCACCGUUGGCAAUGCUACACAAUCUGAACUCCUCACUGGCAAGCCCAAGCGUCUCAGUGAUGAAUUCGAGGCGGAGGCUUCUGCGGAGGCGCAGCAGCAGACAGGCGGCAACAGAGUGUUAGUUAAGUCUGAGCCGAUUGCCCAGGGAACGGCGGCGGAUGUGGCAUCCAGUUCACUGCACGACAGACAAAUGUCUGUGCGGCUGAAGCAAAUGAGCAUCACGCCCAAUGCAAGUGCCAGUGCCGGCUCGGGCUCCGGGUCCACUUCCAACUCCAGCUCCAGCUCCAACAGCGCCAAUUCGCAGUCUCUAUCGAAGGCAGACAUCUUGUCGAUGGAUCGAAUAGAGCGGCGCGACUUUGAGAGAGAACAGCGACUAACCGGCGGCAUUAUAAUCGGCACCAGUUCGCUGAUGAACAAGAAUCGCCUCAAUCUAAGUCUGAUCAAUCGUGCUGCUGCAGCAGUCGGAGCAGGAGUCGUUACAGUGAAUAGUGCCAAUGGCAAUGGCAGUGGAAGCAGCGAUGAUUGGCCCAGCAGCAGCCAAGGACGCGCCUUCUCCUCGGAUAGCAAGUGCACGUACAAGGAUCUGUCGACGACGCCGACGAGCAGCCGGAAGUACACAAACAGUCGCCUGAGCAAGUCCACUGCCAAACUCAAUUUGGGCUCAUCGCUGGCCAGUGCUGCAGCGGCUGCGCCUGCUGCAUCUGCUCCGCCGCCGCCAGUCGGCAACGUUAGAGACCAGAGUUCCCAGAGCAACAGCAGCAGCAAUAGCAGCACCACCUACACCAUCAAUUCCAAGCUGCCCAUUGUGUUGAUUAUGAAACCCACCACCACCACCAAUUCCGCCGCCAAUAGCAGCAGCAGCAACAAUGCGUCCACUUCCACCACACACAACAAUCGCAGCGAUGUCUAUACGAACACCAUCAACUCGAAUGAAAACCACCAGCACCAGAUGGACAAGGACGUUGCGCCGGCAGCUGCGCCAUUGGCAGCCACAUCGUUCAGCUCUGUCGGUUCGCAGACCAGCCAGGAGAGCGGCUGCAGUCGCACAUCGGCGGCAGCAUGCGCCGCCAGCUCUGCGGCCAGCACCGGUUCAGUUGGGGAUGUGGAUGCACAGCCAUCGACAUCGGCGACAUCAACGACUUCGUCCGCACGCUGUCAUUAUGCAGCGCCCACAUCUCGAGCUGCCACCAGGCAGGUCAAUGCCAGCGCCCAGACUCAGGAGCGUUUUCUGGCACGCAGCGGCUUGGCAGCAGCAGCUGUCGGCGGCGGUGUGGUUGGUGGCGUCUCCGUUAGCACUGUACGCACACGCAGUCGACGAGGCGGCGAGGCGGCAACACGUCGUGGCUCAAACGAUCCUGUCAUCCUCGAAGUCGUCGUUGAGGAGAAUAGCAACAAUAAUGGCGACAGCGCUGGCAAUGGAGGCGGCGGUGGUGGCAUUGUGGAACCGGGUGAUUUUAGUGCCGAAGAGCCCUGGGGUAAUUGCGACGAGGAGAACAACUGUUCGGAUCUGGAGGAGAUUUGCACGUGCCAGAACAGCAUACUCACGAGCAGUCGCAGCGGCAGCAGUGGCAGCCUCAGCGACUCGGACUGCUUGGACAACUAUCACAUGUUCGCCGCGGAGGAUGAGUCCAUCUCUUUUCAAAAAAUCGACACCGGCUCCCAUCAGCAGCAGCGCAAGCGCAAAUACAACGAGAGUCGUUACCUCGAUGGUGAUUACUCCAUGACGGGUGGCGGCGGUGGCGGUGGCGAUGGUGGUGGCCGACAUGCCGGUGCCGGCGAUAAUAGUCGCAAACGGAUUGCCUAUGAUUUUGCGUCGACGCCACGCUCCACCAACUCUUCCACUACCGUGCUGCACGCAAUGACGCCAACGACGGCGGCGACAGUGGGUGCCAUUCUGGGCAGCUGCUCACCCGCAGUGGGUCGGCGUACGCCGCGUGCUUUAAUCCCCACGCGGGACAAUCCGCCGCCAGAGCUGCCGCAAUGGUUGGCACAAUUCCAGCGUUGGUCCCAUGCCGAACGCCUAGUGGCCGUCGAUCGUCUGAUCGAUCAUUGCGAUCCCUCGCAGGUGCGUCACAUGAUGAAGGUCAUUGAGCCGCAAUUCCAGCGGGAUUUCAUCUCGCUGCUGCCCCGAGAGCUGGCACUGUUUGUGCUCUCGUAUCUGGAGCCGAAGGAUUUAUUGCGUGCGGCGCAAACCUGUCGCAGCUGGCGUUUCCUCUGCGACGACAAUCUGCUGUGGAAGGAGAAGUGCCGCAAGGCGAUGAUCCUCACCGAAUCGCGCAGUGAUCGUCCCAAGCGUGGACGCGACGGCAAUAUGCCGCCCAUAGCUUCGCCGUGGAAGGCGGCCUAUAUGCGACAGCACAUCAUCGAGAUGAAUUGGCGAUCGCGUCCGGUGCGCAAGCCCAAGGUGCUCAAGGGUCAUGACGAUCAUGUCAUCACCUGUCUGCAAUUCUCCGGCAAUCGCAUCGUUUCCGGCUCCGACGACAACACGCUCAAAGUGUGGUCAGCUGUCAAUGGCAAGUGCCUUCGCACCUUGGUUGGUCACACGGGCGGCGUUUGGUCCUCCCAGAUGUCCGGCAAUAUCAUCAUCUCGGGCAGCACGGAUCGCACGCUGAAGGUGUGGGAUAUGGACAGCGGCACCUGUGUCCACACGUUGCAAGGACAUACCUCAACGGUGCGUUGUAUGCAUUUGCAUGGCAACAAAGUGGUCAGUGGUUCGCGGGAUGCGACACUGCGUGUCUGGGACAUUGAGAUCGGCAGCUGUCUGCAUGUCCUGGUGGGUCACCUGGCUGCUGUGCGGUGUGUGCAAUACGAUGGCAAGCUAAUUGUGUCCGGCGCCUACGAUUAUAUGGUCAAGAUUUGGCAUCCGGAGCGACAGGAAUGCCUGCAUACGUUGCAGGGACACACCAAUCGUGUCUACUCCUUGCAGUUUGAUGGCCUUCAUGUUGUCUCUGGCUCACUGGAUACCUCGAUACGCGUUUGGGAUGUGGAGACGGGCAAUUGCAAGCACACGCUGAUGGGCCACCAGAGCCUCACCUCGGGCAUGGAGCUGCGCCAGAACAUACUCGUUUCGGGCAAUGCGGACUCCACCGUCAAAGUCUGGGACAUAACAACGGGCCAGUGUCUGCAGACGCUAUCGGGUCCCAAUAAGCAUCAGUCCGCUGUCACCUGCCUGCAGUUCAAUUCACGGUUUGUGGUGACUAGCUCCGAUGAUGGCACCGUCAAGCUGUGGGACGUCAAAACGGGCGACUUUAUACGUAAUCUUGUCGCACUCGAUUCGGGUGGUUCCGGUGGCGUUGUCUGGCGUAUAAGGGCAAAUGACACUAAGCUGAUUUGCGCUGUGGGCUCACGAAACGGCACGGAGGAGACCAAGCUGAUGGUACUCGAUUUUGAUGUGGAGGGCGCUUGUGUCAAGUGCUCAUAGGAACGGUGCCGGGGACGAUGCCAGUUCCAGUGUCGCCAUCAGCAUGACUUGCUGCGGCAACCUGUUGUCAGUAGAAGGAAGAGAAGCGCCGCUCUACUUUAUGUUACGAUAAACGCGAAACGCCGGAAUCGCUAAAGCGCUUUAGCGAAAAGCCGGAGGCGAUUUCCACACACACACACACACAGACACUCAUCCUACACACACACACACUUAUAAACACACAGAGAUGACGCUUCUAUCUGAAAUCCACAAUCCGGAUUGUUAUCGUCGCUUGCCUUGCCAACAAAUGCAGCUGCUCACACACACACACAUAUAUAUAUAUACACACACUCACACUUUCACACACACACACUAAACAUUUGGGAGUUUGUGAGCGCGAGUGUAAAAUGUUAUAAUUUGUUUCCAAUUCGCGUUGCUUUAUAGCCAAAAUUUGUUUUCCAACCAUAGCAUAAUUUUUUGCUCCUUAGUUCUUAUAGAGAUAUAUAUAAUAUAAAUUGCAUUGAAGUUAGUCGGAAGUUAGUUAACAUUAUAAACAUUACUAUAUACGUAUUAUUGCAUAUACUUACAUAAAUACAUACAUAAAUAUUUUGUUCCGUCUCGAAUGAAUCUGGAUACUUUAUGAAAAUGAAAGAAAAAAAACACAGCUUUAUAUAUUGAUUAAAAUGUAUAAUUAAAAUGAUUACGAUUAUGAUGAUUAAUGUUAAUAUUGCCAUUAGAGCAUUUGAUUUUAAACUUGUGUUGUCUGUUUCUGUUUCUAUUCCCUGUGUUUUGUUUAAUAUUCUCUCACACACCCACACCCACAUGUACGAAUUGAAAACAUAUUUUUGAUUAAGAUGUGCUUUGUUACAAAUGUGCUUCCACAAUGGGAGCAGUUCUACGUUCAAAUUGUAUGUUUUUCGUAUAAGUUAAAAACAGAUAAUUGCAAAUCUAGAAUUAUUUCUGAGUCGUAUAUAGAGAUUUAAGUAUUCCGUGUUAUAUACUCAUUUUACGGGGCAGCUCACACACUCACACACAUACACACACACACACAUAUAUAAACACACUCUCACACACACACACACAAAAGCAUUAAGCGAAUAUAUAUUUUAAUUAUAGACUGAUUUAUUAGUAAUUGAAAUUAAUCUACAAAUUUAAGCAUAAAUCUGAAUAAACGCAGGAAUAAUAAUUAAACCAGAGUAAAAAAAGAACAAAAACAAAGAAAUGCAUGUGAAUGUGAUUUUCGGUUUGUUUCUUAUCAUUUCUGUAACAAACAAACCACUUUAAUGAUAAAAACGCAUCGCGUAUCGGCCAGCAGCACAAUAAUUCGAGAUCCAUAUAUAUACAUAUAUAAAUGCAUAUAUAUAUAUUUGUAAUCUGAAUGCAAUCAGAAAAUGAGAUGUUUUUUUUUUUGUUGUGGGGCCGAAGGGGGACACAUCUAUGGCCAUGCAUAUGUAUGCGAAUCUACUCUAUACAAUAAUUUAUGAAAUACUUUAUGGCAUAAUAAUCGUAACAAUAAAUGCAGUAAUUCUAAAA